GAGGAGAGACAAUUGAGAUUCUUCCAUUUUUUUUUUGUCAGCACGGUCAUCUAGCUAGCUACAGUCAUACAAUGGCAACGUUUUUCGGAGAGGUUUUAUCUGUUUACUCGCGUGCAGUCGAAGAAGACGACGAUGAUUUGGAUGAUGAUAACGAAGAUGAGCGAAUUCACAGAGAGAUAGAAGAAAAGAGGGAGGUCCAUAUUGUGUGGUGCCCUGAAGUCGCACAAUCACUUGAGGACUCUGGCAGCAACAAAUUGCAAUGCUUAGACCUCAUCAUUGCCGUGGGUACUAAUGCUGCAGGAUUUCUGUCUGCAUAUGUGUUGAACACUGAAAGCUGGGAUGCAGUGGGCCAUGUGUCACUAUGGAAUGAGAGGAGUAGGGGCUCCAGUAGACAGAGCAUUGCCCCACUGCCUGGAGAGCCAGCCUGUCUCUUCUACCGACACAGGGACAACCCAGCAGUCCUGGUCUGCCAAAGCACUUGUUACAUUGCGGAGGACCAACUGUUUCAAUGGACAGAAAAGGUGUUUGGCUGCCUCCAGAAGAGAGGGCUCAGUGUGAUGGUGCUGUCGGACAGCCCUGUGGCUGAGUACAAAACGCCAGACUACCUCUACGGUAGCGCUGUCCCUUUCCUACGCUCCCUCAAGAGCAGUGCCUCUAAGAGCCAGGCCCUUUGCCCUGCACUAGAGCAGCCAAACAUCCUCACUGGACUGCCAGCUGCAGUACUGAGCCACUGCCAAGUCCAUGAGAUUCCAGCUGUUCUGUACCAAUGCUACACUGAUGUCAUCAGCCCAGACUCUAUCACCAUGGAAACCUACAAACCUGCCCUGUUGUGUCUAAGCAAGUUGGUCAAGUUGGAGCCUUGUCUGAGCGCUGACGUCCUCCGAAAGUUUUCCAUAAUCACUGAGGCUCAGAGUAAUCUGUAUACUUAAAUGUAGAAGAUGUAUUUGUACUGAACAGGCUCUGUAUUUGUCUUUUAACUAAUGAACAGGUUCACUUUAUUUUAACCAAAUCUGUAUUUUGGAUGUAUAUGGCAUUUUAUAGAAGUGUCCAGAUACUUUUUUGCAAUUUUCACUUGGUUUUGAGAAACUUACCCCACCAGCCAUAGACUUCCUCAUGCUCGUUCUGCAGUUGCAGGCGAACAGAUAUAACAUGAACAAAAGCUCCAAAAACACCCAAAUAUGUUAUUUUAAAAACAGCAUUGCUCUCAGUAUAACGAUGCAGGUCUUUAGACGUCAUUCCAAACUUUAAAUUCUAAUUUGUUGGACUCAAGCUAUACUUCUCCGUGUAGGCCUUCUCCGGGCAUUGCUCAAGACCUGCAUUGCUAUACUGAGAGCGUUACCGUUUCUAAAAGGAUGUAUUUGGGUGUUUUUGGAGAGUUUGUUCAUGUUUUAUCUGUGACCCUGCAACUGCAGAACAAGCAUGAUGAAGUUUAUCACCAGUGGGUUAAGUUUGUCAAAACCAAGUGAAAUAAAAAGUUUGGACACUUCUAUAACAUUCCAUUUACAAAAAAAGUUAACCUUUUCAUUUAAACUGUAAAAUAAUAUGUAAGUAAUGUUUUAAUCUGGAAGAAGUGAAGGGCACCUUCAUUGAAAAUAAAAAGGCGCAACACUCAGCA